CUCUGAGCCUGGAAUGAUGCAAUAUACCAGGAAUUUAGGCUUCUGCCAGCUAACAGCUAUGCAGAGUCACUGGAACUCAGGCUCUCUAGAUAACACCUGCCAAUACUUACACCCAAACCAGCUCUGGAACGCCUGAGUGAGGACCCAAGGUGAAAUGCUGAACUCUCUAUAGUGGGGUUCCACUCUUGCACAUAUAUAAAAGAGUGUCAUCUCCUUUUCUUCGACGACCUUGGGUAUAAGUAUUGACCUGUGUCGCUCAAGAUAUUCACCUCCGUUGAUUCCUUAUCAAAAUCUAGGUCCGAUAAGAUGCUCUCCAAUUUCAAAUCCGACGAGUUUGUGGGAAUCCAUUGGAAGUUUGGGGAUCGUCUGACUCAGCUCAAGGUGAAUCCUUCAAGGGAUGAUUUAGAUGCCACCAUUGGUGAUAUCCAUAUCAAAUCUGAAUUUGACCAGUUCUUUGACUUCAAUGAGUACGCUUUUGUUGAUGAGAGGACCUCUUUCUUAGGUGAGAGCUUUACAGAUGACGUUGAAACGCUUCUGUACACCUUGGGGAGUGACGAUAUUGUCGUUAAGAAUGAAGAUGCAGUGGUUGAUGAUGCUAUUUCGACUAGUGGCUCUGAUUAUACUGAAACUGAGAAUGUGAAUUCUGUGGAUGAUACUGUGUCUGGGUGUCUAAGAAUGUUGGACACCGAUGUGAGGGUAGUCCCUAAUGAGUAUACACGGAUUUGUCUUUCUCCACUGACCGAUGAACGUUGUGCAAAGAUUGUCGACUCUGUGAGAAACGAUUCCAAGAAACCUUUCCGUCCGACUGAUGAACAGGUUAUGGGGAUACUCAACCUCUUCAGACAGAAGAACGUUAUGAUGAAACUGAAAGCGAUUUGUUCCGGGUUGAAGGAGGUCAAGAAUGGAUCAAUAAAUAAGUUGAGAAAGGUGGUGGUGCUGGACAACUAUAAUGGUUCUGUAACACUCGUUGUUGGUACUUCUAAUGGCUACGACUCGCCCGAAGCAUGUGCUCCUGAGUGGAUGCAACCAUUGAUCAAUUUCAAGCAGUUUCGGUCCUCUAAAAUGGACCUCAAGGGUACUACCUUUGUCAAGAGCAAACCUAGAAAGGCAGAUAAAAGAGGCACAGCUCCAAGACCAAUGAAUUCUUUCCUUCUCUACAGAGUCCCACUACAAAAGGCUCUCCAACUGUUGAAAAUCGCAGAGCUCAUCCCAGAUCCAAGCACAUUCAUAGAAACAGAAGACGACCUUGAGAACUACUUCGUCGGAAAGAUGAGAGAGUACCAAGAUUUGGAAAAUUCUGUCAAGUCCCAGGUACUGAACGGCAACCAUUUCCUCUUCAUUGCCCCGUAUAUGUGGAAGACUGAGGAUAAGAAUGUUCGGAACAACUUCAAGAUGGCCUCCAUAACAGAGGAUAACCAUCACAAGAAAGCGUGGAAAGAUUACAAGUUCAAGAGAGAUCCUCCAAAGAGGUUUCAAAGACGGAGCUUCUGAAUCGUGUGGCUCUUAUACACACAGCACAUGACCACGCUCAAUGCUAUCCACCGUGAAUGGCAUCUCUCAACUUCCAUGAGUCGUAAUACCAAAAGGCAACACACAGGAAGGCAUAAUGGAUGACAG